AUGCAAAAUUUAUGUUUUGACGUAUAUUUGGACGAUUGUCGUUCUUUUCGACGUGAAUCACGUCAAUUCAAAAUUCCUUUUGAACAAAUUUGUAAUGGUAUUGUUGAACAUGAACCUGACUUGGACGGUAAUACAGAUGAGUCGGAUUGUGAUCUUGACGAAUGGCCUUGUCAUACAUAUGUUAGAACAUGCAAUAAUAUUUGGAAUUGUCCAAAUGGAGAAGAUGAAUUAGGAUGUGGGAAACCAAAUUUAGCUUCACGUCAUUGUAAUAAAACAACACAUUUUUGCUUGGAUGCAAACACUGGUUUUCCAAUAUGUUUAUCUGAACGAAAAGUUAAUGAUGGAAUUCUAAAUUGUGUAGGUUCAGUUGAUGAACGAUCUUUCUGUCGUAUAAAAUAUCCGUAUGAAAAAGUUCGUCGAUAUCGAUGUAAAAAUUCUGAUCAAUGUAUUUCACCAUUUCAAGUAUGCGAUUGUCAUCAAGAUUGUCCUUUGAAUGAUGAUGAAACAAUAGCUUGUAUAUGGUUUAAUAAUGGACAAGAACCUUGGUGUGAUUCAUCUACACUUCGAUGUCGAAACGGGAAAAUUGUCGAUUAUCCUUUACUUAAUUCUCGAUGUGAUGGAAUGAAUUUUCAUUGUACUGAUGGAGAAGAUGAACUUUUUUGUGAAUUAAUUGAUGAAAUAUUUAGUGAAAGUAUUUCUUUAAUAAAUAUGGAAGAAUAUCCUAAUCGAUUGAGAUCGGCAUCAAAUAAUUUUCUAGCUUUUUAUUGUAAUCGUGGAUUAUACGUUUAUUCUUCUGAAAGUCCAUCGGGAUUUAUUUGCCUUUGUCCAACACAUUACUAUGGAGAUCGUUGUCAAUAUCAACGAAAGCGCUUAACAUUAAUAUUUCAAGUACAAAUAAUAGGUCCAUUUAAUCAUUUAUCUCCAACAUUAAAAUUUGUUAUUUUAUUAGUACGUCAAAAUGAAACAAAAUCUAUAUUAUCACAUGAAGAAUUUCUUUAUAUUCCAUUUGAAUAUUGUUUACCUAAAUAUAUCACACAUUUAGCUUAUCCAGUUGAAGAUUCUUUAUCAUUAUCAUUGAAUGAUUCAAUUGAAAUUCAUCUAUUUACAGGUUUAACACUUGAAUAUAAAACAUCAUGGAUAUAUUCUGUUCCAUUUAAUUUCUUACCUGUACAACAAAUAGUCAAACGAUUAUUUUUAUCUGCUAAUGAUAUCAUAUCUCAGUCUGUAUCAUUAACAAUCUCAAAGAAUAAAUCAAAUUUAUGUUCAAAUAAUUCAGUUUAUCUUGGAUAUGAUAGAAAUUUAGAUCGAGAUAUAUGUGUAUGUCCAAUAACUCACAUUGGUUCUCGGUGUCUUAUCCCAUAUGAUCCAUGUGAUAAAAAUAGUUGUAAUAAUCAUGGAGAAUGUAUUCAAAAUGAUGAACGUUCGAAUAAAUAUCAAUGUAUUUGUGAUUUAAAUUGGUUUGGUGAUCGAUGUGAAAGAAUAAAAUUUCGAAUUAAUGUUUUUUUUUCCAAAGAUUCGAUUGUAUUGUCAUCAUCAAUUGCAUUUGUUCAUUUAAUUAUAGCUCAAAAAUAUCGUGACGCUCUACAUUUAACUUCAUUUAAUCGACUUGAAGAAAAUUUAUUUAAUUCUACAUUUUAUUUUGAAUAUGAUAUGGAUGAAAAUCAAUUUCAUGGAUUAAUUGUUUUUCUUAGACUGUUCGAAGAUCUUGAUCAUGUUAAUUAUUAUCUAUUAAGUUUAAAACAAGAACUCAAUGAAACAUCAAAAGAAAUUAUAAGUACAGCUAAUCAAUCCAAUCGAUGUCAAUCAAUAAAUGAAUUAUUUAAUAAAACAAUUCGUAAACAAAUGUAUAUGCGUCGUAUAAAAAAUUAUCAAACAAUAUGUUUAAAGAAAAAUUUUCAAAAUCAAUUAACAUGUUUUUAUGAUGAACAAAUGAUUUGUUUAUGUGAUAAAACAAAUCAUCUCAAUUGUUUUAAUUUAUAUUUAAACGAAAAUGGAUGUCCGUGGAAUAAAUGUAGUAAUAGAGGAAUUUGUGUUGAAAAUCAUUAUUUAUGUCCAACUAGUUCAAUAUGUAUUUGUCGAAAAUGUUAUUAUGGAUCUUCUUGUCAAUUUUCUAGUAAUACGUAUUUAAUUUCAUUAGAUUCAAUUCUUGCUUCACACAUUCAACCAAAUAUUACAAGUCUAUUCCAACAAACAAAACUUAUUCAAAUAAGCUUUAUAAUAAUGCUUAUAGUGAUUAUGAUUGGAAUUAUUUUGAAUCUAUUGUCGAUUGGAACAUUUCUAGAUAAAACCACACAAGGAACUGGUUCUGGCCUUUAUUUAUUAACUUCAUCAUGUUUUGCUCUUUUUACAUUUGUUUUUCUAAUGAUUAAACUUUUCUUAUUAUUAUAUCAUCGACAAAACAAUCUUAGUUGUUCAUUUAUCGAAUAUUUUUUAAAGUUUUCUUCAACAAAUAAUGAAUGGUUAAAUACAUGUGUUGCUAUUGAACGAACAUGGGCGGUCAAGAAAAAAGCACGUUUUUCUCGCGUUAUAAGUAAAAAACUUUCCAAAUGGAUCAUUUUUAUUCUGAUUACUUUAAUUAGUUUAAUAUGUCUACCCGAAUUAAUUUAUCGUCGAAUGAUAAUUGAUCAAGAAGAUAAACGUACUUGGUGUAUUCUUACUCUUAAUUAUGAACAACAAGCAAUAUUAUUUAGGUUUUAUGUUAUAUCAAAUGUACUUUUAUUUCUUUUACCUACUGUUAUUAAUCUAAUAAGUUCUAUAAUAAUAAUAAUAAUAACAUUUCGUUUUAAACAACAAUUAAAUUCAACAAUCAUAACAGAUAUGGAUAAAAAAAGUCAAGAAAAACUUCGUUCAAAAACACUAAGAAAGCAAAUAAUGAAACAUAAACAUAUAUUAUUAAGUGGAAUCAUUUUAGGAUGUUUUUCUCUUCCUCGAAUUAUAUCAAUAUUUAAAUCUAUUUGUACUAAACUUGAUAAACGUCUUCAUUUAAGUUUAUUUACUUAUUUAAUUGGAUUUAUUCCAUCGAUGUCAAUAUUUGUUGCUUUUAUUUUACCAUCAGAUGCUUACCGAGCGGCUCUGAUAUUAUUUAUUAAAAAAUUAUUUUUCAUUCGACUUCGAUUUUGA